AUGGCAAGAGAUUGUUUUAAUGCAAGUCCUAAUAUAGAUCUAAAGUUACGUCUUAUAGGAAGAAGACAACAAGAUGGAAGGACAUAUAACCUACCUACCACUUCUGAGGUUGUUGCUUUAAUUGUUGGUGACAUUGGUAAUUCAAUUGAUAAUAGAGAUAUCAUCAUAAAAACUAAAUCAGGCAAUGUACAACAUAUAAAUGAAUUGCAUCCUACUUACCUUGCUCUUCAAUACCCACUGCUCUUUCCUUAUGGGGAUGAUGGAUAUCGAGUUGACAUCCCUCAUAGAGGUGUUACGUGUUCAACGAAUAACAAACGAUGUAACUGUACAAUGAGAGAAUUAUUUUCUUAUAGGAUUCAAGACAGAGUUAAUAUUUUCUCAUUAAUUCUGAAUUCAAGAAGGUUUUUUCAACAAUUUCUGGUUGAUGCUUAUACAAUGAUUGAAAGUGGGAGGCUGUAUUACAUACGAAACCAACAAAAAGUUCUUCGAUGUGAGUCCUAUGAAACUUUAUGCAGCGUGAAAAACAAUGGAAAUACAGAUAUUUCGAAUAUUGGACAGCGUGUGAUAUUGUCUUCUUCUAAUACUGGCAGUGCAUGCUACAUUAUGCAAAACUAUUUAGAUGCCAAGUCACUUUUUACAUCGCCGCCGCCCUUUCAUCUUCCUCAUACUUCGUCAUCAUCAUCUCCUGGCGUGCGACGUUCGUUGUCGGUGCUACUACAACCACCAUCGCUACCUUCUGCCAGUGGAAGUCGUUGUGGAGUCGCUACCAUCGUGGAAAGCCGUUGUUUCCCGCUAUCUCGCGCCACCAUGGCCCCAGCAGCUGUUCCCUUCCGCUGCACGCCACCAAGUGGGGGUGGGCGUGAUAGGCUACCUGGAGAUCAAGAAGAAAACCCACCAUGGCCGCCGACCAUGGUGGUUGCUACCUUGAAACCGUUUUCCGUCACCAUAGGCCACCGUGAGGUGGUGGCUAUUUGUUUAUACGGUGGAGUUUCAAAAGCGCGGCCUACCUCAUGCUCAUAUAUAUGUCUAUUUAUGCACUCUGAUUACAAGCUCCCAACCAUUGAACAUAUCGAUCGCGUUAUUUCUGCUGAAAUUCCAAACAAAGACGACGAUCCAGAAUUGUAUGCACUUGUCAGCGAGUUCAUAAUGCAUGGUCCUUGUGGUAGUGAUAAUCCUAAAUUCCCAUGCAUGAUUGAUAACAAGUGUUCAAAAAACUCCCCAAAGACAUUCACAGAGCAUACUUCGGUUGAUGAAAAUGGUUAUCCAAUAUAUAGGAGACGUAAUGAUGGAUCUUUUGUUGAAAAGUCUGGUGUUAAGUUAGACAAUAGAAGUGUGGUUCCAUAUCACAAACUGCUUUUGAAAAGAUACCAAGCUCACAUUAAUGUUGAUUGGUGCAAUCAGGGUGGUUCCAUCAAAUAUUUGUUCAAAUAUAUUAACAAGGGCCCUGAUAGGGCUACUGUUGCGGUUGUACCAAACAACAACGCAGAUGAUAAAGAUGAUGUAGUUGACGAAAUAAAAAACUACUACGAUUGUAGAUAUUUGUCUGCAUGUGAAGCUUCGUGGUGUAUAUUCAAAUUUGAUGUUCAUUUCAGGACUCCUUAUGUUCUGAGGCUUCCUUUUCAUCUUCCUGGACAACAAAAUGUUGUAUACGGUGCUGACGAUGAUAUUGAAGAUGUCCUCAAUAAACAAUGUGUUUCUUCUUCGAUGUUCUUAGCUUGGAUGGAGUGUAAUAAACAUAAUAAGGAAGCACGCAAGCUUUCUUAUGUUGAAUUUCCUACCAAGUUUAUUUGGAAAUUGAAGGAACGUUGUUGGAAGCCAAGAGAAAAAGGAUUUUCUAUCGGUCGAAUUCACAUUGUCUCUCCUAAUGUUGGCGAAGCAUAUUUUUUGAGAAUCCUUUUAAAUAAAGUCAAAGGUCCGAAAUGUUUUGUAGACAUUCGUACGGUUAAUGGACAUGUGUGUGCUACUUUUAGAGAGGCGUGUUAUGCUCUUGGACUUUUGGAAGAUGAUAGGGAAUAUAUUGAUGCAAUUGAGGAAGCAAGUCAUUCAGGUUUAUCGCUUGAUGAGGAUCAAUUUAAGAACUUGACACUUUAUGAGAUUGAAAAUUUUUUACUCCAGAACAAUUCAACCCUCAAAGAUUUUGAUGGAAUGCCCUACCCUGAUCAUGAGUUUACAUCUUCUUCAAAUAAUCGAUUGAUUACUAAGGAGCUAGAUUUUGACAGGACGACUCUAUUGCAAGAGUUUUAUCAGCUACUUGGUUCAUUAACAGAAGAACAAAGAGGUGUUUUCGAUGAUAUUAUCACAAAUGUUAAAAAAAAAGGAGGUGUCUUUUUAUUUUACGGUUACGGAGGUACAGGGAAAAUAUUUCUCUGGAAAACAUUAUCCGCUGCUUUAAGAUCGGAGGGUGAAAUCAUGUUAAAUGUUGCUUUAAGUGGUAUUGCUUCCUUAUUAUUGACAUGA